AUGAGAGAACUACAUUAUACUCCGCUAGAUCUUAUAGAUACUAAACUAGCAGUUUCUAGUGAAACUUUCUUUGAAAGGCAAAAGGAAUUAUCACAGGCCAAGAAUAUAAGAAAAACUGACCUACAAUUUAGGUCCAAACAAUUAAAAAAAUUAUAUUAUGCUAUUAAGAAGAAUGAGAAAAACCUGAUUGAUGCCAUGUAUGAGGAUUAUCACCGUGCUCCCCAAGAAUCAAUGCAAUUGGAACUAAUCCCGUUGUAUAAUGACAUUUUGAAUAUGAUCAAAAAUCUAUCCAAAUGGAUGAAGCCAAAACGUAUAUGUGACAUGUCUCCAACAUAUAUGUUAGGUAAAACUUAUGUAGAAAAGAUUGCUAUGGGUAGUACCUUAGUUAUAUCCCCAUGUAAUUUUCCUGUUCUGCUAGCAUUAACACCCGUCGCCAACGCUAUCGCUGCUGGUAAUACUGUGAUCUUAAAACCAAGUGAGAUGACUCCAGCAACUGCAAUUGAAAUGGAAAGAUUGAUUGAAGAGGCGGGUUUUCCUCAUGGCUUGUUACAAGUUGUCCAAGGUGCUAUCCCAGAAACCACCCAAUUAAUCAGAUCCAAGACCCUGAAUAUGAUUUUUUACACCGGUUCCCCAAAUGUUGGUUCUAUUGUCGCCCAGGAGGCUGCUAAAAAUUUGAUACCAUGUGUCCUAGAGCUGGGCGGUAAAUCACCAGCGUUUAUGACUCAAAAGUUUAAUAUCAAAAAUAAUUCUAAAUUGAGGACGGCCAUAAAGAGAAUAUUUUUUGGUGCAUUUAGUAAUGGUGGUCAAAUAUGUGUUACCCCUGAUUAUUUAAUGGUUCAUGAAUCUAUUUACGAUAAAGUGUUGGAACAAGCGAAGAUAGUUUUGGAUGAAAUGUAUCCCACCUUUAACAGCGAUUUAGAUUAUACUUAUGUAGUUGGGGAAAGAGCAUAUAACGCAAUCAGAAAGAAAGUCGAAGCUUCAAAUGGUGAGAAAUACAUACCUGAAUCUGCAAAAGGGUUUGUCACUGACGUUGAUAAGGGUCUAUAUUGUGUUCCACCAACUUUGAUCUCAGAUUGUUCAUGGGAUGACUCAUUAAUGGAAGAAGAGAACUUUGGUGCUGUAUUACCCAUUUAUAAAUAUUCAGACUUAGAUGAAACUUUAGACAUGAUUAUUAAGAAAAAUGAUCAACCAUUAGUGCAAUAUAUUUUCUCUGAUUCUGAACAUGAAAGACAACAUAUCUUAACCCGUUUAAGAUCUGGGGACUGCAUUAUUGGGGAUACUAUAAUCCAUGUCGCCAUUCAAGAUGCUCCAUUUGGUGGUAUUGGUAAGUCAGGAUACGGUAAUUAUGGUGGCAUCUAUGGUUUUGAUGCCUUCACUCAUGAAAGAACUGUAUUUAAACAACCAUAUUGGAUGGACAAGAUGUUAUUUAUGAGGUACCCACCAUAUAACAAGACGAAAUUAAAACUUGUCGAAACUGCUACGGAACAACAACCAUGGUUUGAUGAGAAUGGUAAUACACAUUGGUACCGCAAUAAACUAUUAUACUUAUUCCCUGUUGUCGGUGUUGCUGUAGCUGCAGCUUGUAAUCAAUAUACUUAA